AUGGAACGUUUGAUAAGCCAGAAGAGCGAAAGGGCGGGGAUAGACGUUGAAGCGUAUCGACAGCGUAAGGUGGCUUUGAUAAGUGGGAUAACAGGGCAGGAUGGAUCGUAUCUAACAGAGCUCCUUCUAAGCAAAGGAUAUCAAGUACACGGUAUUAUAAGAAGGUCAAGCUCCUUCAACACUGCACGCAUAGAGCACCUCUACAAAGAUAUACACGAUAUGCCAGACAUGAUUCUCCACUAUGGCGACCUGAUGGACACCACCAACCUUGUAUCCAUCAUCAGCAAGGUACAUCCAACCGAGGUGUACAAUCUAGCAGCCCAAUCACAUGUCAAAGUUAGCUUCGAUAUGGCUGAGUAUACCGGUGAUGUGGAUGGAUUGGGUACGCUGCGUAUCCUCGAAGCUAUCCGUAUAUGUGGACUUGAGCAUGCCGUGCGUUUCUACCAAGCAUCCACAUCGGAGUUAUACGGCAAAGUUGUCGAAACACCACAAAGCGAGACGACACCUUUCUACCCGCGCUCGCCAUAUGGCGUGGCGAAACUCUACGCGUACUGGAUCGUCGUCAACUUCCGCGAGAGCUAUGGCAUGUUCGCCGUUAAUGGCAUUCUCUUUAACCACGAGAGCCCGCGGCGCGGUAGGACAUUUGUGACGCGCAAAAUUACCCGCGCUGUGGCUGAAAUUAGCUUAGGUAAACAAGAGUGUCUGUAUUUGGGCAAUCUCGACGCUCAGCGUGAUUGGGGACAUGCGCGCGACUAUGUAGAUGGAAUGUGGAGGAUAUUGCAACAUCACACACCGGAAGACUUUGUCCUCGCGACGAAUGAGACACACAGCGUUAGAGAACUCGUCGAAAAGGCUUUCAAGUGCGCAGGUAUCACUAUUGUCUGGACAGGCGAGCGUGAAGAUGAGGUUGGCAUCGACAGUAAAACAUCAAAAAUACUCGUGCGGAUUGAUAGAGCUUAUUAUAGACCAGCAGAGGUCGACCUCCUCCUCGGUAACGCUGCCAAAGCGGAGCAGAAACUCAACUGGAAACGUCAAAUAGGAUUUGAUGAUCUGGUUCAUGAAAUGGUUAAAGAGGAUAUGCGUAUGGCUAGCACAAUGGUCGAUGAUCAGAACUGA